UUGCGUGGAGUUUCUACCUUUAUGCAAGAAAUGCUUGAAACUGCAUCAAUAUUGAAAGGAGCUACCAAUAAGUCAUUGAUAAUCAUUGAUGAGCUGGGAAGAGGGACGUCAACAUAUGAUGGAUUUGGUUUAGCUUGGGCUAUAUGUGAGCACCUGGUUCAAGUGAUUAAAGCACCCACUUUAUUUGCAACCCACUUCCACGAGUUGACUGCCUUAGCCCAUGAAAAUGCUGAUCCUGAGUCCAAUGAGCAGCAAAUUGUUGGUGUUGCAAACUAUCAUGUCAGUGCUCAUAUUGACUCAUCAAGUCGCAAGCUGACCAUGCUUUAUAAGGUUCUGCCAGGGUCUUGUGAUCAAAGUUUUGGUAUUCAUGUUGCAGAAUUUGCCAACUUUCCUGAAAGUGUUGUGGCCCUUGCUCGGGAAAAAGCUGCUGAAUUGGAAGAUUUUUCACCAUCUUCAAUCAUUUCGAACGAUACCAGAGACGAGGUUGGAUCCAAAAGAAAGAGAGAGUGCAAUGAUGAUGAUGAUAUGUCUAGAGGUGCUGCCCGGGCUCACCAGUUUCUAAAGGCAUUUGCAGAUUUGCCAUUGGAGAAUAUGGACUUGAGGCAGGCUUUAAAGCAAGUAAGCAAGCUAAAGGAUGACUUGGAGAAGGAUGCGGUGAACAAUAGCUGGCUUCAGAAAUUCCUCUAGGUGCACAAGAAGUCAGGUAGAAAUUCAUUUGUGGAAUCUUUGUAUAGUCUCUUCAUGUGAAUAGGGCGUGUUCAAUCUAAUAUCAUUUCUGAGUAAUCUUAAUCCUCUCUGUUUUUGUUUCUUUCUGGAGUCCUAAAUGGAACUGUAGCCAGUUAACCUCAAUCCCACUGUCAAUAGUUUUCCUUUUAUUCAAGUGGGUAUAAUUAAGCUUGGCCUUUGGAACUGUCUGUCAUUUUCCGUUUUUAGGCCUGACGACUAGAGAAGUUAUUGUGUAUCGGGUAUAUGGUAGAGUAGUAACUCUUCUGUUGUUACUAGGAAAAAGAGCUAGCAAAUAGAAAUUUUAAUUUGAGUUUAUUAACCAUAGCGGGGGGGACUAUAACAUAACAUGUAUCUAUUGAACAAAGUAAUUCCUGAUAUGACUCGGAGAACCACUGUCAUCUUUUGUUAGCUGAUUUAUUUCGUAGAGGGAACAUGUAGUUUUCAGUACUCGACAUAAGUCGUUUCUUAGAUAAAAAUAGGGUACAGUUUGUGAGUA